AUGGCCGACCGCGAGCAGCCCUACGACCCGUAUAUUCCCGCCGGCGGCAAUGCUCCCCAGGGCGGCGCCCAGGGCCAGAGCGGGAACCACCGCACCGCGGCCCUUCAAGCGGAAAUCGACAGCACCGUCGGAAUCAUGCGCGACAAUAUCAACAAAGUCUCAGAACGAGGCGCUCGCCUAGAUUCGCUCCAGGACAAGACCGACAACCUGGCCACCUCAGCUCAGGGCUUCCGAAGGGGCGCCAACCGCGUGCGCAAGCAGAUGUGGUGGAAGGACAUGAAGAUGCGCAUGUGCCUCAUUGUGGGCAUCAUCAUUCUGCUCAUCGUCAUCAUUGUCCCGUCUGUCAUUGCAACGAAACAUUAA